GGCCGACCUUACGCAGUGUGACCUGGAUCUCUGACUCUUCCGCCUCGAUUGCGAGACAUGGCAGCACGACUCACCAGUAUGACUCGACGCGAUUUCACUCUACAAAAGGCGCGACCCAGCUCCUACGUUUCCGAGGUAGAUAUCUGGCGUCGCAAUGUCUCCGCCAUACGUGAACAACUACGCUCCCCCGAAGACGAACGCCUACCCCGAUCCGGAGGUUGUUCUCAAUUCCAAGGAACCCUACGACAUUAACUUCUCCUUUCCGCUGCAUCUCGACACCCUUGCGUGUCCUACUGUCCGUCUUACGCCAUUCGUGCCUACCUUACACGCCCCCACUCUCUGGGAGCACAUCGGUUCGCGGGCACGCGAGUUGUUCAGGUACUAUCCCUACUGCCCAGACACCUUCGCGCACUUCCUCUCCGUCGUCGAAAACAUCCGCGGUCAUCCCGACAAUUGCGCAUUCGCCAUCUUCGACCGGACACGCAAGUCGGAUGGAGGGGACACGGCCGCUGAGGACGGCGUGCUCGCCGGGGUGAUGGCCCUCAUCAACACUAACAAACCGCACAUGAACACCGAGAUCGGCCUCGUAGUCGUCUUCCCCGCGUUUCAGGGCACGCACGUCGCACGAACCUCGGCCGGCCUCCUGCUUCGCUAUUGCUUGCAGACGCCUGCAGCCUCGCCGCCCGGGUUAGGAUUCCGCCGUGUUCGCUGGUCGGCGCACACUCACAACAAGCCCUCGCUCGGACUCGCGAAGCGCAUGGGGUUCAGGGAGGAGGGCAUCUUGCGCUGGUCGUUCUCCAUUCCGGACGUGGAAGAGAUGAGGCGCGAGGCGCACGCUCUCAAGAGAGAAGGGGAGGAGGGGUGGGGACGUGACAGUGUCUGUCUCUCGAUCUGCUGGGAUGACUGGGAUGACGGCGCGGCGUCUGCUGUCGGAAGACUGCUCCAGUAGUCGCUGAAAUACAGGUCAGUCGGCUCUUGCGCGUUAUCUAGAAUGCUCUAAUAACCGUAUUAUGUAGUCUAAGAAGCACGCUUAGCCC